AUGGGUAUGGGAAAGCCCCGGGUGGACAUUGCUUUCCAGCUACAGUUUGGUCAAAACGACUUGAACUGUGGGGCAAUUGGAUGGGGGAUUGCGGUAUCCGCAGGAUGUAAAGUACGGGAGAUCAAAAUCGGUUGUUUUGGUGUCGAUGGUUCCGGCAAAACCACUAUUCUCAAAAUGAUAAAAGGAGAAGAUCCACGCGGUGUACUGUCAACGAAUGGUUUCUCUAUGAUCGAUAUGGAGUACGACGACGAUUUCACCAUCAAAGUGUACGACCUCGGCGGUCACGAAAGGAUUCGAGACAUUUGGACGAAUUACUAUGCCGAGGUUCAUGGAAUCAUGUACGUUGUCGACAUUUCCGAUGAAAGUCGUCUCGACGAAAACUAUGAAACAAUACGCAAAGUUCAACUUCACAAAGACACAGCGAAGAAACCGUUUCUAGUGGUGUUGAACAAGAAAAAACCUACUGAACUCGAUGAUUUCGAUUUCUCAAUGAAUGCUGACCUUAACGCUGUCGGCUCACAGCAGAAUCAAAUGAUAUUCGUCACACACGUCAAUGUCUAUAAAGGAGAACUCAACAAUGCCAAACAUCCACCACCCUUGGUUUCGAGACGUCCGAAACGUUCUGCCAGUCCUCUUCUAACGCAGUUUUGUGUAUUUGUAGAUAAGAUAAUUGAACACUAUGUUUUUCUGUCGGAAGGAGUCCAAGCAGCUGAAAUGGCUCUAAAAAUGCGUCAGCAAGCGGAACGUGAUGAGCGACGUUUGCGGCUAAUGCAGCAAGAACAAGACAAAAUAAACAGCGAAAUAGCAGCACUGGAGGGUCGGGCAGCAACUGGAAACGGAGAUAUCCGAUGUGAAGCGCCGAUUCCGGAAGAGCCGAUUUAUUCGGAGGUUCAACAGAAAGUCGCGGCAACAGCAGCCGCUACUACUGACCCUGAUUCUAUACCAAUAACUUCGCGUUCACCCCAACCAUCUGUCUCGGAUACACAAUCACCGACGGAAGUCUCACCACGUCCUACAGUAUCCCAAGUGUCAAAUGAAGUAACUGAUGCUGCACUUACAAAGCCGAUUCCUUUGCCGCCACCAAAGCCGGCUCGAAACCGAGUGGUACCAGUUGACGAUGGCAGUCGACCGCAGUCCGCUCCGAGAAAUCAAAAUAUAUUUACUGUUGAACGACCAAACCAUGUGGACGCUACUACCAAAAACUCUAUAGCACGAGAAAAACAUCUCAAUCGAAUGCGUCGAAUACAAGAAGGAUUACGAAGGAAAAUCGAAGUUAUCCAAUUACAGCCAUUAGACUUGUGA